GGCUAAAAGCGCCGCGCUCUCGCCCAGGACCGCUCUCAGGCGACGCAGGUUAUGCUGGCGCUGCUGGUACCUCAGCCAGACGUGUUCUCCUCAGCCCCUCGGCUCUCGCCCGCCUUGGUACCUGCAGCCUGCGAAGGAACCAAGUGCCGAACCCACCCUCUCGACACGUGGCCUGUUGCUGCAAGAAACGUAGGGGUUUCAGGCGUUUCGGUCCAGCAAAAAGCAGUGUGGAACGCGUCAGAAGAGUUGCGGUGGUGCUCCCAUGCUGCCUCGCAAAAGCAUCGGACCCCGAGCUGAUCCAUACUAUAGAUUUAAUGAUGUGGUGUACAGAUGGAUCUCACUGGAUAACUGGACUUACAGCAGGACAUUCAAAACUCCUUUUGACGUCAGAAAGUGGCAUAAAGUGAAUUUGGUUUUUGAGGGAGUGGAUACAGUAGCACAAGUCCUGAUCAACAAUAUCACUGUUGGCAGAACAGACAACAUGUUCAACAGAUACAGCUUUGAUAUUACCAGCAUUAUCAAGGAGGUCAAUUUUGUUGAAGUCCGUUUCUUAUCAGCCAUUUCAUACGCAGCAGAGCAGAGCAGAUGCCACAAAGCAUACAGCAUCCCCCCAGCAUGCCCCCCACCUGUGCAGAAAGGAGAGUGCCAUGCUAAUUUCAUCAGAAAGGAGCAAUGUUCCUUUAGUUGGGACUGGGGCCCUUCUUUUCCCACUCAAGGAAUCUGGAAAGAUGUUAGGAUUGAGGCCUAUAACCGUUAUCACCUGAUUUACUUCACUUUGACUCCCUUCUUUGUAAAGAGUGCGCAGCAGUGGAGUCUUGAAAUUGAGUCUAUUUUUGAUGUAGUCAGCUCCAAGCCAGUUUCAGGUCUUGUGACUGUGAGCAUUCCCAAGUUGCAAACGCAGCAAACGUACAGUGUGAAGCUUCAACCUGGAGAAGGCAGCAUUGUGCUGCUUGUAAACAUCAACAAGAGUGCUACAGUAGAGACUUGGUGGCCAAAUGGACAUGGAAAACAAACUGGAUACAACGUGACAACGGUUUUCAUCAUGGAGGCAGGAUACAAGAUUGAGAAGUUUUCAAAGGCCUAUUUUCGGACAGUAGAACUUGUUCAGGAUCCUAUUCCUGGGUCACCAGGUCUCAGUUUCUACUUUAGAAUCAACGGCCGACCCAUUUUCAUCAAGGGCUCCAACUGGAUACCAGCAGAUUCUUUCCAGGACAGAGUGACCUAUGAGACAUUACGGCGACUCUUGAAGUCUGCAGCAGAUGCUAACAUGAAUGCACUUCGGGUUUGGGGAGGAGGAGUAUAUGAGCAAGAUGAAUUUUAUGAUAUUUGUGAUGAACUAGGAAUAAUGAUUUGGCAGGAUUUUAUGUUUGCAUGUGCGCUGUAUCCAGCUGAUCAGAAUUACUUGGAAUCUGUAAGAGCAGAAGUUACUCAUCAGGUAAGGCGGCUGAAAUCCCAUCCGUCAAUUAUUUUGUGGAGCGGCAACAACGAAAACGAAGCAGCCAUUGCAAGCAACUGGUUCUCUAUACCUUACGCUGACAGAGGAGUCUAUAUCAAAGAUUAUGUGAUGCUUUAUGUGAAGAACAUCCGAGAAAUAGUUCUUACUGAAGAUAAGAGUCGUCCUUUUAUUGCGUCCAGCCCCACAAAUGGCUUGGAGUCAGUUGAGGAAGGUUGGCUCUCCCAGAAUCCUUACGAUACGCACUAUGGUGACACUCACUUUUAUGACUACAGCAAUGACUGCUGGGACUGGACGUUGUAUCCUAAAACUCGUUUUGCUUCGGAAUAUGGAUUUCAGUCCUGGCCUUCCUUCAGUACACUGGAAAAGGUUUCUUCUGCAGAGGACUGGUCCUACACGAGCAAUUUUUCUCUCCAUCGACAGCACCAUGAAAAUGGCAAUGACGAGAUGAUUCAACAGAUUGGGCGUCAUUUCAAGCUUCCCCAGAGCACAGAUCCCAUUAAAAAGUUCAAAGACAUGAUUUACCUCACUCAGGUGAUGCAGGCCCAGUGUAUAAAGACAGAAACCGAAUUCUAUCGUUUUAGUCAAAGUGAGAUAGUCAAGGGAGAAGGACACACAAUGGGUGCGCUGUAUUGGCAACUCAAUGACAUCUGGCAGGCACCUUCAUGGGCUUCCUUGGAGUAUGGUGGUAAAUGGAAACUGCUCCAUUAUUUUGCCCAGAACUUCUUUGCACCACUGCUGCCUGUGGCUUAUGAAGAUAGAGGUGUGUUGUACAUCUAUGGUGUUUCAGAUCUUCACACAGACCAUCAGCUGACACUCAGGGUCACUGUGCACAUAUGGAGUUCUCUGGAGCCGGUAUGCACCCUUGUCAAAGACAAUGUGACCAUUGAAGCACAAAGCGCUGUCCCCAUCUACAAGGAGCCUAUAAACGACCUGCUGAAAAGAUGCAGAAACUGUACCAGGAAGAGCUGUGUUGUUACUUUUUACCUUGUGGGAAAAGAUGGGCUCCACAGUCCUACGAACCAUCACUUCCUGUCAUCACUAAAGGAUGCUGUGGGCUUGGAAAAGGCUCAGCUUAGUGCCACUGUAUCCCAACAAGGCAGCAUUUAUAUAUUUGAUCUUCAGACCACUGCAAUUGCUCCUUUUGUUUCUCUGGAUGUAGGGAGUAUAAAAGGCAGAUUUAAUGAUAAUGGUUUCCUCAUGAUCAAAAAGAGGAAAGUGGUUGUGUUUUACCCUUGGGAGCCUACCACUGUUGAAGCACUAGAAAAAUCUCUCAGCUUGACCUCUCUGAUGGACGUCGUCUGAGGAUGCUUCAAUUCCUUCUAGUCAAGGAGUGAAGUAGUCAAAUUCUUCUGAAUUUUUCCUCCUCUUAAAGUUUGUAUGAUGAAAGAGAUGAGCUGACUUCAGAAUGUAUUGUCCGUUCCUGUUACGUGUGAAUUUUAACUCAUCUUUCAAUGUAAAGAUAUCAACAACAAAGCUUACAUAUGUUAUAUGAGAUGCAUUGAAAGUAAAGCUUUCUCAGGUAACUGGAAGAAUAUAUCCCGGAUAAAAAUUGGGAGGGAUGGGUUGAUGUAAGAGGGCUGGCUUGAGGCCUCCAAUUCACUUCAGAGUCAUCUGGUUACUGGCUUGUGGAUUUAUCCUGAGUAAGAGGCUGCGCAGACUAUGGUCUCAAAAAACGAUAUUGUUUCCCUGUUCCACUCUAAGUGAAAAAUCUGUUAGGAUACGACAAGGUAUGCUGGGGUGGGAGGAAGGGCAGGGAAUAAAGCUCUGGCCACCUCCGUGGGCGUGCCAAAGAAGUUGGGUGGUACCUUUCCGUACCCUGUUCCCAGUUGGACUGUUUUGAUAUGUCUACACCCAAAUCUGAAGAGCAGUAGUCCUGCCACCCUCACAUCUUCAGCUGUCACUCCGGGAAGGUGUCCUAUGUGCCAUCUGCAAGGUAGGUACUCCAAGUAGACCCAAAACCUGGCCUGUUCAGUCAGGUAUCAGGCAGGUCCCUUCUAACUUCUGGAAGGGGAAAUCAAUAUGAGAGUUGUUUUCUUCUUCUCUUUUUUCAUGCAACAUCGAGCAAAAACCUUGAGAGCUCUGCACUUAGCUUUGUCCGCUCCCAGAGCACUGCAGGUGCAGCCCCAAACCCUUCGGUGCCGCAUGGGGUCCUGUGUAACGUGGCGUGGUACGGGAUGUUGCUGUCUUUGGGAAGAGGAACGGGAGGAGGUUUGGCUGAGGGUGCAGUGAAAAAGGAGGCAGUGCAGAGUGCAAAUGGUCGUGUAAGAGGACCGCAGAGUGACGACUGAAGCGAUUGCCGUUUUCUCUAGUAGAAUCAUGGUGCAGGAGCACACUGCUGCGCAGCUGUUCUGACACCUCUUGGCAUUCCUCAUGAGUAGCCCUGUGCCCCACGCUGCUGCUCCUCUCCCUCCGGAGGAGUGCCUCUGAUUAGCUCAGCUCUGUUUAUGAAACAAAUUGAGUCGUAACUCUGUCUCCUUUUUUUUUUUUUUUUUUUUUUUUUUGGGUUUUGCUUCAAAGCAAGAAGUGGACGUGAACAAAAGGAAAACCGCAGACUCCUGAUUUUGCCUUUUGGAACAGGGUGAGAGUCUUAUAGAUAGACAACGACUCAUGAAUAGAUUUGGUGGCACACUGAGCUCCCUGCUCCCUAGGAAGUAUCUGUGCUUCAUGUUUCAUUCUGCUUCUGAACAAGUUGUUGUUGAAAUGUUUAGAUUUCCCAUGGAAAUGUCUCACUUUGGCAUUUUAUGCAAAAAAAAAAAAAAAAACAAAGCUUGCUUCAGGCUUGGAGGCUGCAGUCACCUAUGGAUCUGCAAAUGCUGAGGGUCUGGCCAUGAGGGAGCCAAUGGCUGGAAGUCCAGGCCACUGAGCUGAGCUGCAGGCAGGCUGUUAAAAAUCAAGCUUGUUUUCAGAUAUGUUUUGAAAUGUGUCGAGCAUCUUGCUGGGGUCCCAGAGGGAGUCUGUUGCGGUUCAAGAAAGUAUUCAUUUUCCUGCAGAGCACUUAAAAGGAAUUGGCACCUUACAGCAGGAGGUGAUUGAACCAGCUGUACUGCUGUUGUCCACCUUUGUAGUAAAAGCGCCGUGUAGGUGGUGGUGCGGCAGGGGAUCUGGAGCGUGCGUGGGGAGAGCAGCUCCAUGCCCUAUUAGGUGAGUUGGAGAACUCGCAUCUAAAGGUUGCCUUAUUGCAGUGACUGCAGUUUUAACAGGCAAACAGAUGGGCACAUUGACUGAUGCCUGGUGAUUUGUAGUGCUUUUUGAAUGGGUCAUUAACCCAAAGCUGAAAUACGCCUGAGCAAGGGGAAAAACGUGAAGUGAUAAAUGCAAGCUGCUUACAAAUGCUUUAUUUGGUGACCAAAACAACUAACUGCUGUUGCGUAAGAGGGCUUUUCUGGUUCUAAAGUUGUCCUAGUUAAGUUGUGAAAGUAAUCAAUAUAUAUAUGCAUAUGUACUGGUAUUCAUAGUUUUUAUAUAAGACACAUAUAGAAGAUGAUAGCAGUGAGUAAGAUUUGACAGUUAGAAAACGCAGACACUGAUAAAGGAAGUUAAAAUUGGUCUGAAUGACAUCGUAGGCCGACAAAAUAAGAACAGUCCUUCGGUUCUUUCGGUGUCCUGGAAUGAAGGUGAAUGAAAGCAGCAAUAGAGUCAAUAUAAGGUAAGGAUGGAAAAAUGUAACAAUUAUGCAGAAAAUAGAAUAAAUACAAUUAAUGAAAAUUACUGCUGUGCUUUAGGAAAAAGGCAGGUUGAUAUCUUUGUCUGACACGGAUACAGAAACGUCUCUUCCAGCAACAUCUAGCUGGAAUUUCAUAAUGGCAAUUAAUAAUGUUAAAUUAAUAAAACUUGGACAGAUUUGCUUCAAAGACUAUUAAAAGAACAGUGCUAUUUAUUCUUGGUGCAUCUCAGAAGGAGUGAAGUUUUGGAGAUGUAGAAAAGAGCUUUCUGGUCUCUGAAAGGCAUAAAUCAUGGAUUUGGAUAACUGUGACCCUGUUAGCCUGCCUCAAAUUUUAGGCAAAAUUAUGGGAGAAAUGAUGUGGUAUGUUGUCAGUAAUGAAAGAAGUGACUAUGUAACUAGUGUCCAUCCAUACUAUUUUACAAAAGAAUAUUUAUAUAAAAUGUCUUUUGCUGUUGUUUUCUGCAGUUACCAGAUUGUUAUUAAAAAAAGUACAGAAAAACUUGUUAAUUACUAUUGUUUGUGAAGGUCAGAAGCUCCCCAAAAACUGACUCCAUUCUCUUUCCUUGGAAAGCUGUAAUUCAGCGCUAGGUGCUGUUGAGGAAGGUAGGCAAUUGCUCAAGCCAAAUGGUUGGGCUCAAUGCAGAAUUUUGUGGGGGAAGUUCUCGUCUGUUAUUAAGACGGUUCAGAUCCAGAUGGUCUUCCCCAGCCUUUAAUAGCUUUUUGGGUUACUCAUGUUUACAGCAGCUUUGUAUUUAAGGUGUUAUUUUCUUCUCUCCCCAGUGUGGCAGUGGCUGGAACAUCUACCUUGUAUAACUCUUUUCUCUUGCUAUUUCUGCUGUUGCAUCCUAUGACGUAUUUCUCAAAUUACAUUUUUCUGCCUUUGUCUCAGACCUGGGCAAAGACAGGAAUGCAACCGUGAGGAGAUAGAUCUUCAGAGUAUUCAUCACUCAUGUCUACGCAGCCAGCUGUAGUCAUUCGAGCGCUGCUGCAGCUGCUCGACUGCCCCUGUAUUGUCAGUUGUGCCUGAUGGUCUGCGGAUCAGCAGAGGGAGGAUUAGGAAAAGCAUUUGGUAAGUGUCAUGGUGGUUGUCCUCAGUGUUGCUGAAUUAUUGGUGGUAACAGUAGAGGGGAAUACGCUCAUCGGGAUUCUUUCAAGGUGCAGCCUUGCAACACUUUGUUCAAGGGAUGCAUGUUCAAGGGUUUGCAUAGGCUGAUGGCUUUUGCUAAAUAACAGUGGUGGAGACUUGAGUCUGCCUGCUGGGCUCCCUCUGGGCCAUUCGUCACAGAUGGCAAAAGCAGCAGUCAGUUGCUGUUGGCAGGAGCCAUUAACUAAAGCCCUUCCCAGAACAGAAUUUGAGAGCAGAUUUUGGUCACAAGCUAUAUGGCCUUGGCCACUUUGUUGUCCUAAAACUGGUCUGUGGCACAGAUUUGGCUCUGAACCCGUUCCAGACCUGCAGAAAUCAUCUGGAGCUGCGGACAGCUCCUCUCUAUGGUACAUCCUGCUACACGAGGCAGAUUUGCCCCAGCUUACCACCAGGGCUUCUUUGGGGCUAUUCCAGCUCUUCCACAUCUGAUUUCCAAAGAAGCAGCAUGUGACUAUACCUAAAACUCUCCAAUCCCAGUAAGUGCUCAUAGGUCUCUGUCAGUCUUCUGUUAGUACUUUGUGUGCUCUUUGCCUACCUUGUGGCCUGGACUUUUUAUUUAUUUAUUUAUUUAUCUUUUGCUGUAGAGGCGUGUCUGUCUUCAGUACUUUCACUUCUGUUGGUGCCCCUUUGCCUUUGGAGGUACGUAGCAGAAAGAGUUUUGGUCAUCUUGCAGAGAAACAGGCUAGUGAGUUUCUUGUUCUCGGUAAAGGAUAGUUAAGACUUCAUAGGUAAAAGCCAGCCUUUACGUUGUCAGGAUCCCAGUUUACCUGUCUCGCCUCUGAGGCGCAAGUUGAGGAAUCCAGUAAAUUGCAUUUUGAAUGUUUAAGGGACAUGUUCCAGUCAAAGAACACUAUUUCAUAACUAAGCUUCCCAAAAUUAAUUAAAACUGCAAUUCAGUGUGAAAUUAGGGGGUGAAAACCAACUCUUAAGUGAAAAAUACAAAAGCUUAGAAAUUACUCAGUUUUGUCUCUGCCAAAAUUGAGAAAAGGUCAUCUUACUAACCCCUAUGACUUCACAUAGUAAGGAUCUGAAAAUGUCAGUUCUGAUUAUGACUGUGUGCUUUGCAGCCAGAGUAAAGGUGUCUUUUUCCAGUCAAGGCAACUAUGGCAAAGGAGACAUGCUGCAGCAUGACAGGAAACAAACAGCCCGAGGAGACGUCAGGAAGAAGGUGAUAAGUCUGGUUGUAUGCCAGGGCCUGUAUUUUGGGUGGGGGAGGGUCCGCUCAUGGCUAGGCCCAAGCAGAGACUUGGAAGUUGAUGUGGAAAUUUAUUGAUAGGCUCAGUGAGUGGAAAGUACUUCCUCUACUCCAUUGCUCUUUUUUCAGUAGCUUCUUUGCUUUGUGGCUGAGUAGCCAGCCAGUUCUGGACGGCAACGCUCAAAAUCUGAGCUCAGCGCUUGCUCUGCUGCCACAUUACCUGGGUUCCUGCAAGGUGUUUUUUUUCCAGUUGAUGCUUUUACACGUGUGACAUAGGAGUAACACUUCCUUUCUGCACAGGGAGUUGUAAGACUAAAUCUGUAUCUGAGUUGAGCAGGCGCUAUGAUAAUAAGGCAUAUAAACACCUUUGGAUUGUUACCUGUUAAGAAAAAUACAUCUGCUUUAAAUGUUUCUGUUAAGACUUCUCUGCGUUGCUUAUGUUUCCUCUUGGUGAGCCCAUUUUCUCUGUGUGUCUUCUUCCCAAUACCUGUAAGGAGGCAGCAGCAUGCUCUCAUACUUCCUCUUUCCCCUGGCCUCCUUUCAGCUGUCACCUAUACAAGCAAGCAUGACCUGUAGGGGCGGGGUGGGGGGACCUUCUACUAAUCUGAAAAAAGAGUGAAAAGUACAAACUGUGUUUUAGUGUUUUUCUUUUAAUUGAGCUGUUUGAAGUAAACACGAGGCUCUCCAGUAGGCUCGUAGGCUCUCCAGUAGGCUCUCUCUCUGACAGAUUAGUACAAAACAAGAAGAUACAAACGUGUCUCCUAUUAGGACUCUGUGCCUUGGCCUUUUCUGUAGUGCAUCCUGCAAUACAGUUGGGGGAUGCUUCUACAUCCUACGCUUACCUAUUUCUGACAACUGGUGCAGCAUGCCUGCAAUGCUUUCUUAAGGUGCUAAGGGUUGACCUAUUAUGUGACAUGACUGUCACAUGAUAGGAAGUUUCAUGUUCCUGUCUGAGUUACUGAGAAUAUUUUUAAAUUAAUAUUGUUCUAUUUCUAAACCAAGAAAGAGUCUGAAGCCUCUUUUGUUAAACAGACUGCAACUGAGUUGCUGCAGAGGGAUGGCAAGGAAAGAAGCAAGACUGACAUACAAAGCGCUUGAAUACAAGGGGCCGCGGACAGAUCUCCUGCUGUUCGUUGCGUGAUCAGUAACCUGAUGAAUAGCUGUUAUGCAGCGUUCGGUCACAAAAUGCUUAGGGAAAUACAGGCCCAGAUGUCUUCUGUUGGUUUAAAAGCAGAGCUAUGUCAGAAAUAAGGCUAAAAGUGCUAAGCAACGGCCAGCUCGCCCUGGUGACCUGGGGAAGUGUAGAAACCUGGACAAAAGUCUCUGCCGCUCCCCUGAGCUGUGCUGAAAACUCUGUAACAGUAGAAGGUGCCUUUCACUCAGAGAGCAGCUCUGACAAGAAUGAAAACGCCCCUACCUGCCCCUAGCCUGGAACAUGAGAAUUUUUGACUGUUUCUGGGUUAAAAAAAAAAAAAGAAAAAAAAAAAAAGGUAAAGCUGGACUGCAAAGAGAACCCUGGACAAGUCAAGUCAUUGAACAACAACAAAAUCCAUGAACCUAUGACACUGCAUAUAUAGGCUAUACAUACAAUAAUUGAGAGAUUGGCAUUGGUACUGUUAUCCAUCCUGUUUCUCUAGAAGUAAUUCAGGAAUUCAGCUGGGUAUAAAAUUAUUUCACAAGUUUUUUUCAUUGAUAAAGGUA